UCUCAAAUCUAGUACACAUUCUCCUUCUCCGAGGAACAUCCUUGAAUGCUGCGAUAUCUAGAAAUAUGGCGACUAAAAGGAUGAACGAAUUAUGUGUUCCUUUCAUCAAAUUAUGCAAAGGAAAUACAUCUAUAACAAGUACAUUAACGCAACGUACAUACGCAACUGUGAAUGAAGGUGAUACUCAAGUAACUCACACUGGUCAAGUGUUUGAACAAGAUGAUUAUCGGUUGGUAAGAUUUUUAAAUAGACCAAAGGAAGUUAAUAAUAAUUGGGCUAUCAAGUUGAUAGAUGAAGUACCACCAGCCCUUAAAAAGGAAAGAAUUGUAGCUUGUGAUGGUGGUGGUGGUCCUCUUGGACAUCCUAAAGUUUACAUAAAUCUUGAUAAACCAGGUAAUCAUACCUGUGGUUAUUGUGGCUUGCGUUUUCAUAAGGAAGAUCACCAUUAGGUGGCCAUUUCACACUGGUAGUUAUAUUAAUUAACUUAUAAAUAUAGUGUAAAAUGCAAUACAUUGGUUGCAACAAAAUAAACUAAAAUGUAUAUGAUAUAUCUCAAUUGUAAAUAAUGUAUUAAAUUUAAAUAUUAAUAAACAAGUUAAAGAUAUUGAAA